CAUGCGCGUUUAAAGUCUACGUCAGCUCUUCUUCACUAACAAGCUGCCUGAAAGCUACGUGGCCUUCACUGCUCUGACUGUCUUCUCAUCAAACACGACCUCGGAAACAGCCUAAACACCAUGGAUCAGGUGAUGCAGUUUGUUGAGCCCAGCCGGCAAUUCGUCAAAGACUCCAUCAGGCUCGUAAAAAGAUGCACAAAACCCGACAGAAAAGAAUUCCAGAAGAUAGCAAUGGCCACAGCUAUUGGGUUUGCCAUCAUGGGUUUCAUCGGCUUCUUUGUUAAGCUCAUUCACAUCCCCAUCAACAAUAUCAUUGUUGGUGGUUAAAUCCUGAUCAA